AUGGUUGGUUUCUCUAAGAUCGCCACCGGCCUCAGUCUGGCCGCCGGUGCCCUCGCCCACCCCGGCGAGCACCACAGCAACGAUCACAUCAAGCGGGAAAUCGAGGUCCGCGAUCUGACUGCUGAGAUUGGCGCUCGUUCUCUUGGUGCUUGUGCCAACUCUGCUACCGCCCGUCGCGUCAAGCAGCGCAACAUCCAAAGGAGAGCCAACACCGUCAAGGCUAUCCGCGAAGCCCGCGGCAUCAAGGCCAACCCUAAGAAGUACCGCCGUGAUCUGGCUGCCCUUGAGGAAUGGGAGACAGUCAACCACAACUACACUGGUGUCAACGACUAUGACAUGUUCACGGCCCUUGAGACGGUGUUCGAUGCCAACACGUCUUGCAUCCUCGCCCCUGAGGUCACCGCCGGUCCUUAUUACAUGGUUGGCGAAUACUUCCGCUCCAACGUCAAGGAGGCUGAGUGGUCCGAGGGUGUCGACCUGUUCCUUGAGGUCCAAUACGUGGAUAUCUCCGACUGUUCCCCGGUCCCCAAUGUGGCCGUGGAUAUCUGGAACGCCAACGCAACAGGUGUCUACUCUGGAAUCUCCGUCUCGGGUAACUACGCCGCGGAUGGCGUCAACUCCACCUACCUCCGUGGUGUGCAACUGACCGACCACGACGGUGUUGUUUCAUUCGAGACCAUCUUCCCCGGUCACUACGAUGGUCGUGCGACUCACACUCAUCUGCUCGCCCACACCAACGCCACCGUCAUGCCCAACGGAACUAUCUCCAUCUGGAACAAGCCUGUUGCCCACAUCGGCCAGCUCUUCUACCCUGAGGAGCUCCGCACCGCCGUUGAGGCGACGUCCCCCUACAACACAAACACCGUUGACGUGACCACCAACGACGAAGACAUGUGGAGCAUCGUCCAGACCGACACCAACUACGACCCCUUCCCCCAGUUCCUCUACCUGGGUGACGAUAUCACCGAUGGUCUCUUUGCUUGGAUCCAGAUCGGUAUCAACUCCACUGUCGACUACCAGAACGACGAUUACUACGCCAUUGCUGGCUACCUCGCUGCUGACGGUGGACACGCUCAGUCGAAUGCUUUAACUGGAUCUGGUGGUGGUGACGGUGGCAACGGAACUGCUCCUUCUGGAGCUAUGCCUUCUGGGGCUGCCCCCACAUCCGCUUAA